GCGCUUUCCGGCCGGCCACGCUGGUGUUUACGUGUCGGGGGCGGGGGUAGAGCCUAUGGGAGCGAACUUUCGCAGCACCUCCUGCUCGUGUGCUGCUGCUGUGGCCCGCCUGCUUCAGUGGAGCCAUGGCUGUUCGUGUCCGGUCCGCUCGGCCCCCGCCGGGCUCAGAUAAAGUACAGAAAGACAAGGCUGGCCAGACUUCAGGGCCCAGGCAGGACAGCCGAAUGAAGAAACUCUUGGGUUUCGAGUGGACGGAUUUAUCCAGCUGGCAGAGGCUGGUUACCCUGCUUAAUCGACCAACAGACCCCGCAAGCUUGGCUGUCUUUCGUUUUCUCUUUGGGCUCUUGAUGAUGCUGGACAUUCCGCAGGAGCGGGGCCUCAGCUCCCUGGACCGGAGAUACCUGGAUGGGCUGGAUGUGUGCCGCUUCCCCUUGCUGGACGCCCUGCGCCCGCUGCCCCUUGACUGGAUGUAUUUGGUCUACACCAUCAUGUUUCUGGGGGCACUGGGCAUGCUGCUGGGCCUGUGCUACCGGAUAAGCUGUGUGUUAUUCCUGCUGCCGUACUGGUAUGUGUUUCUCCUGGACAAGACAUCGUGGAACAACCAUUCCUAUCUGUAUGGCUUGUUGGCCUUUCAGCUGACGUUCAUGGACGCAAACCGCUACUGGUCUGUGGAUGGCUUGCUGAAUGCCCGUAAGAGGAAUGCCCAUGUGCCCCUCUGGAACUAUGCAGUGCUGCGAGGCCAGAUCUUCAUUGUAUACUUCAUUGCGGGUGUGAAAAAGCUGGAUGCAGACUGGGUUGAAGGCUAUUCCAUGGAACACCUGUCCCGACACUGGCUCUUCAGUCCCUUCAAAUUGUUGCUGUCUGAGGAGCUGACCAGCCUGCUGGUGGUGCACUGGGGUGGGCUGCUGCUUGACCUCUUGGCUGGUUUCCUGCUCUUCUUCGAUGUCUCAAGGUCCACUGGCCUCGUCUUCGUGUCCUACUUCCACUGCAUGAAUUCCCAGCUCUUCAGCAUUGGUAUGUUCCCCUAUGUCAUGCUGGCCAGCAGCCCUCUCUUCUGCUCCCCUGAGUGGCCCCGGAAGCUGGUAUCUCACUGCCCCAAAAGGCUGCAAGAUCUGCUGCCCCUCAAGGCUGCCCCUCAGCCCAGUGCUUCUUGCGUGUACAAGAGGAGCCGGGCCAAAGGUGGCCAGAAGCCAGGCCUGCGCCAUCAGCUGGGAGCCCUCUUCACCUUGCUUUACCUCCUGGAGCAGCUGUUCCUGCCCUAUUCCCACUUCCUCACCCAGGGCUAUAACAACUGGACAAAUGGGCUGUACGGCUACUCCUGGGACAUGAUGGUGCACUCCCGCUCCCACCAGCACGUGAAGAUCACCUACCAUGAUGGGCGCACGGGCGAGCUGGGCUACCUUAACCCUGGGGUGUUCACACAGAGCCGGCGAUGGAAGGAUCACGCAGACAUGCUGAAGCAGUAUGCCACUUGCCUGAGCCGCCUGCUUCCCAAGUACAAUGUCACUGAGCCCCAGAUCUACUUUGAUAUUUGGGUCUCCAUCAAUGACCGCUUCCAGCAGAGGCUUUUUGAUCCUCGUGUGGACAUCGUGCAGGCUGUCUGGUCCCCCUUCCAGCGCACACCCUGGCUGCAGCCGCUCUUGAUGGACCUGUCCCCCUGGAGGACCAAAUUACAGGAAAUCAAGAGUAGCCUGGACAACCACACCGAGGUGGUCUUCAUUGCGGAUUUCCCUGGACUGCACCUGGAGAAUUUUGUGAGUGAAGACCUGGGCAACACCAGCAUCCAGCUGCUGCAGGGGGAGGUGACUGUGGAGCUGGUGGCAGAACAGAAGAAUCGGACUCUUCGGGAGGGAGAAAAAAUGCAGUUGCCUGCUGGUGAGUACCAUAAGGUGUACACCGUGUCGUCUGGUCCUUCCUGCUACAUGUACGUCUAUGUCAACACUACGGAGCUCACACUGGAGCAAGACCUGGCACAUCUGCAAGAGUUAAAGGAGAAGGUAGAGAAUGGAAGUGAACCAGGGCCUCUGCCUCCGGAGCUGCAGCCUCUGUUGGAAGGGGAAGUAAAGGGGGGCCCAGAGCCAACACCUCUGGUUCAGACCUUUCUUAGACGCCAGCAAAGGCUCCAGGAGCUUGAACGCCGGCGAAAUGCCCCUUUCCACGAGCGACUCCUCCGCUUCUUCCUGCGGAAGCUCUACAUCUUUCGCCGCAGCUUCCUCAUGACUUGUAUUUCACUUCGAAAUCUGGCUAUAGGCCGCCCCUCACUGGAGCAACUUGCCCAAGAGGUGACUUAUGCAAACCUGCGACCCUUUGAGCCGGUUGGAGACUCAACAAACACAGAUCCUUCAAAUUCUGAUCCUCCUGAGCCAGAUACUGAUCCUGUCCACUCAGAGUUCUAGGGAGGCCAGGUGUGGGGCAGGUAGUUACACAUCUACUACCUAUGCAAUAGACAGUUGAGAACUUCUCAUUUGUUCUUUUAAAUUAAGAAAUGGCAGCCUAUAGGAGUCGAGGAAAAAAGAACGAUUUCUUAAUCCAAAAUUGAGGGGCCAGUACUGGCACUGGGGCACAAGGGGUUAAGUUGCCACCUGUGACACCAGCACCAAAUUGGAGCUCCUGGCUAUGGUACUUCUGAUCCAGCUACCUACAAGUAGGUAGAAGGCAAGGAAAGAUGCCUCAAGUACCUGGGUUUCUGCAGUGACUCAGAUGGCGUUCCCAUUGCAGCCAUUUGGAGUGAACCAGUGGAUGGAAGAUCUCUACCUCUCCCUCUGUCAUUCUACCUUUCAAAUAAAUCUUAAGAUUGAAGGGCCAAAAGAUUACAAAUGAAAAUGGCUUCUUAGGAUAAAGAGGUAAGAGGUUUAAAGUGACCGGCUCUUUGGGGGGAAAAGAUUUAGUGUAUCAUGAUGAAUAUAGCCAAAUGUUUUACCUUUAACUCUUCAUUAGUCAUUAGCCCUAUUUUAAUUGUAGGAACUGAGAAAGAGGUAAAAUAAUGUGAAAUUCCCUACUAGUAUAUCUGACCAAAUUAUCUGUAUUAUCAGUAAGCUUUUUACUAGCAGUAAUGAACAGCACUGUUAGGAAAUGUUAGAUGCUAGUAGUAUUUGGCAUUAUUCUAGCUUUUAGUGAGCAGGUGCUAUAAAGUGAGGAUUAACAUGCUAAGGGACUGGGGAACAGACCUUUUAGAUCUGGAUUUGCAGGGGUGUCUUGGGAACUUCCUCAGUACAAGGGUCCCUCCCCCAGCACAGCCUGGCAAUAAAUAGGUAUUGUCAUUAACUUCUUCCACUCUUUUCCCUCCUCUUUGGACAGUGGUCCCAAGGUAGACUCAGUCUACCCCUACCACUAUCCCCAACUCAGACAUUUAUCUUCCCAUUCUCCCUACACCCAAUUGCCAAAUCCUUUCAACACCACCUGCAGUGUACCUACCCUGUGAACGUUUUCACUUUCAUUAACCUGUGUUCUUUCAGCGACAGAUCAGGAUCAGGCUACCAUCUUUAAAUGUCUUCAUGAUCACUUUGCAAUACUGGUCUUCAGACACUGGGAGCAUUCAGUGUAGUACAGUCAUAAACAUGGAGCACUGGUUUUCACUAUUUCCUUGUUCUAACCCCUUGCAGACUGAUAGGGAAAAAUGGGUCUUCACCUUGGAACAAUUACAUGUAACUGUACAUGUAAGUAUGCUGCCUUUCUCAAGAAAAAUGUUGGGGUGGCAUGAGGUCAAUAGAAAACUGGACUUUUCAGUAAAAAAAGGGUUACAUUGAAGAUCAGGCCCUGCGCCUUCAGCCGGGCUGCUUUACUAUUAAUCCUCUUCAACACCUGGAUCCCUCAGGGAGCUUCCAAACAAAACUAGUGCCUGGGACAGGACUGUAAACCUAAUAAUUGCUUGUACAGCAUGUCCAAGGAUUGAGGUGAUUUUUCUGAAAUAUGGGUAGGAUUACAGUUGUUCCAGGUAAAGGUGACAUGAGCAGUGUUUAUACCACAAUACUUUUUAGAAAAAAAAAACGGUGGACACAGUUAAGGUAGAACCUAGCAUUUUAUUUAGAUCUUCAUUAAACUGUUGGAAUUGAGAACCAGACAUACGUAAUAAACCUCCAAAAAUAGAUCCUGAAAGGCACUUUCUGCUUAGGGCAAGCAGUCAUGGAUGAAGCAUGUAAACAAGCUGGCUUCUCUGUACCACACCAGCCAAGUCCGCUUUCUCCAUGGCCAGCCGCACCAGCUCUGCCCUCCCUUCCGGUAACACCAGCCAGACCCCCUGUAGGUCUAACCCAAGGUUUUUCUGUAGGACACCUUGGCCUACCUGGGAAUGCUGGAAACAUGUUGUUAAAGGAAUCAUGGUGUUGAGAGAGAAAGAAAAAUCUUUUAAAAGCUGCCAUCUGAGGAGAUGGCUUCUCUGUACUUACGCCAUCCCCCAGAAUACAAUAAAUAAGCAAUUAGAAAAUGUUCAAGUAUGAAGGGAUUGCCUCCUCCCCGCCAAAAGCACUGCUCUCUGAAGGAAGCUGGUUUCUCUGUAGCCACACCAGCUGUUCAGAAAGCUCAUUGGACCUGGUUUUGAAAAUAAAACAAAGUUAAAACCCUGGGAGGAGUUAUUGUGCAGUGUGGAGUACUCGGUCUUUCUUAUAAAGAAAAAAAAAGUUAUCUGGUACCAAAGUGUGCAACCUACAGACCCUCGGGGACUGCCCUGUGACUUCUCUGUAUGACGUCACAAGGGUGCCAAGUGCCUGUUUGCUAGAGCUAGGAGUUGGUGAGGUUUGGCUAGUGCUGAAACCAUGCAUAGGAUUGGUGUACUAAAUAAAAACCUUAUUACGUACGUCCUCCAAAAGAUAGCUGACAGUGGAGAGAUUUGAUUUGGUGCUGUUAGAGGUGGCCGUUAGAGCAUGAGCACCAGGGAGAUGGUUUAAUGGUAACUGCCUUUUUCUUAUGUCAGGCUAGAGCUCCAACUGGAACUUGCGUUACAUGCAAGAUUGAUUGGAUAGGGGAACACUCCCUGACAAAGAGCUACAUAAUUAGAGACGGAUUGAGUUACAGGGAGGAUAAGGGAGGGCUUCACAUUCAUAAUAGAGCUCAAGACAUUACAAAUUCAUGCUGACAGGGUUGUGGCAUUGCCAGACAGAGGCUAGAGUGGAACUACAAAUACUUUACGUGCACAUUACAAGGACAUUUUCAGCAUCUGCUGGGGAAGUCAAUGCAAUUAGGACUUUGGAGGGUUGGGUGAUAGGGCACAAAGGUUCAAUUUCAAAGCAUUAUUUACUACAGUGUUGUUUCUAGGCAGUUACAUGGAUCACCUAUGCUCACUAAAUUCAUUAUAAUGGUGAACAAAACACCUAGGGACAGAAUAGCAAGCCCAACUUACAGUCCCAACAAAGGCUAGAAUUCAUGUCAUUGACUAUAGAGUGACUGCAACUGAUCAGGAGCUGAAAGAGGACAGGAUAAUUUAGGAAGAAGGGCCCUUUCCCUCAGAGCUUGAAGGCUUCUCUGUAGCCUACGCCAACAAGUCUGGGGAAAAAAGGCUAACACUUUCAGUAUUUAAGCUUUUUGGGCACUUCCCAUGGGAAGCUGUCCCUACCAAAGUGGCCAUAGGCUGCAGUCCUCUGAUAAAUUGGCUUCUUCAGAUCCAGAUCCCUGGAAUAUACAAGUCCGUAACUUAAUAUGUAGCAUUGAAUUAAAGUAAAGCAAAACAAUCAGCAAGACUCAUUUUCAAGAGCUCUGGCAAAUGAGUUCAGUUCUCUGGGGUAUGCUAGGAAAAAAGUUUGCGGCAGAAGUGUUACUUCCCUCGUGUCCAAACUCCUUGCACAGUCCUUAUUAGUAACUACAGUUCUUAUUUUUCCAUCCCUGGCUCAAGAGAUAUGAAAACUUUUGUCAUUAUUCUGAGAUGUAAUCAUGGAAUACUUACCAAGAUCUCACUGUCCACUAUGUUUUUCUUUUUAACAGCCCUAAACAUCCCAUUUAUCAAGUUCUUAAUGUGAACACCCUUAGAUGAGUAAAGUCUAAUAUCAAAUGUGGAAGAUUUUCUGAGGUGGUUAGUCUAAACCACUGAACACUAAUUUUAGAUUCCUCAACUCAGCCAUCUCCUGAAGACAGUUUAAAACAUCAACAUGUUCUAGGAUUGUGUUUCCUCAGUGGAGCACCUUUUCAUACUUUUACAACCUUACUUAGAUUUAGUAUAUGCAUGUGUGUGUGUGCAUACUGACACAGCCUCAAUGUUUUUCACUAGCAAUAGGCUUUACCAUCUUUACCUGACAAUGACCCCAGGGCGCAGAUCAAAAUUCUUCUUCACAAUCUCUAAUAGCUCUCUCUCACUCUUCUGAGAGGUACCAUAAUGGAAAAUGGAGAUAGACAAUGGAUGAGAAACUCCAAUAGCAUAAGAGACCUAAAGGGAUUCAAAUGUUAUAAGAGUCAGUGAUUAGAAGACCACACACUUGUAUUCUGGCAUAACAAGAGACAAGCUGGUUAAAUAUUAUAAGACCCUCCCCACCUAUGAGUUUGAAUCACUCCAAUUAUGUAUAAUGUAAGAGUAUAUAUACCUGAACAAGAACCCUCCUGCACAGACCUCCUUUAACAAGGGAUUUUGCCACCCAACGAGCAGCAUAAGCAGCUGAGCGGUCCACCUUGGUAUAAUCCUUUCCUGAAAAGGCACCACCUCCAUGAGCUCCCCAACCACCAUAAGUGUCCACAAUGAUUUUCCGGCCAGUCAAUCCUGCAUCACCCUGAAAUGACAGGAUUUAAAGUCACUUUAUGCCCACUUCUUACCUCUAUAACCCAAGCAAGUAUCCUCAGAAGAUGCACACGUAGGCCUCAGAGAGCCUAGACAAAAGGUGGAGGCAGCCAGCGUUUGUUAAUUAACCCAAGACAUUACCUGAGGCCCGCCAAUAACAAAUCUGCCACUUGGCUGCAGGUGGUAGAUAGUGUCCUCAUCAAGAUAUUUUGCAGGUACAACAGCUUUGAUGACCUUCUCCUUUAGGGCAUCCCUCAUCUCAUCAAGACAAACUUCUUCAUCAUGCUGAACAGAUAUAACUAUCGUGUGGACUCUGAUGGGAAGCACAGCACCUCGAUCCUGCAUAUACUGCACGGUCACCUUAAAGGCAACACAGGUCAUCAGAACCCCAGUGCACUACACAAUAGCUUUGUUCUUGGUUCUCUACUUAAGUGAGACUUAAGACAAAUGCUAUUUUCCAAUUAGCUAUAAUUCAACAACUACGGAUUGCAUAUAUGAGAGACAGUUUAGCUUUAUGAUCACUUACUUGAGUUUUAGAAUCUGGGCGUAACCAAGGCAAAGUGCCAUUGCGGCGCAGUUCAGCCAGUUUGGCAUUGAGCUUAUGUGCUAAGACAAUGGUUAAAGGCAUACACUCCUCCGUUUCAUCAGUGGCAUAUCCAAACAUUAAACCCUGAAAAGAGAAAAUCACUAAUGUGAUCAAGGCUGCAGGAUUUAACAUUAGUAGAGAUGUAAACAACCUCUACCAAGUUACCUGGUCUCCUGCACCAAUGUCCUCCUCAUUCCGGUCAAGGUGAACACCUUGAGCAAUAUCUGGUGACUGUUGUUCCAAGGCUACCAGCACAUUACAAGUCUUAUAGUCAAAUCCUAUAAAUAAAAAGCUUGUUUAGGAAAAAAGUCAUAGCACUACCUUCUAUUUAGAAUUCUAAAUACUGCAAAAUCUUGGGCUGCACAAGGAUGUUAAUUAGCCCUUCUUCCAUUGUAUCCAUGCCCUAUGCUACUUCCUAUCACUCAUAAUCCAAUUUUUAAACAUCUGAAAAAUAAGAGAUUUCCCAUUGUUCAUUGACUCCCCAAAUUCCUGCAACAGGGAAGGUUAGAUCAAGCUGAAGCUGAGACCAGAACUUGAGCUAUCACCACAGCUUUCAGGGUGCAAUCAGCAGGAAGCUGGAUUGCAGCAGAGCUGGAGAUAGAGCCAAGCACUCACGAUGUAUGCAAGAAGCAUCUUAAUUAUUGUACCAAACACCCUAUCUCAAAACAGCUUUUAGAUAUCCAAAGCACAAGAGCAGUAAUCCUGAAAAUCUGGAGGCCAGCACUGUGUGUUAAAGCUCUGGCCUGCAGUGCCAGCAUCCCAUAUGGGCGCUGGUUUGAGUCCCAGCUGCUCCACUUCCAAUCCGGCUCUCUGCUAUGGCCCUGCACCCACGUGGGAGACCCGGAAGGAGCUCCUAAUCAGAUCAGCUCAGCUCUGGCCAUUGCAGUCAUUUGGGGAGUGAACUAAAGGAUGGAAGACCUCUCACUCUGUAAUUCUUUCAAAUAAAUCUUUAAAAAAAAAAAAAAAAA